UCGGCGGCAUACGAGCCAUACUCACAUAUAAAACAAAAGAUUUUAGGUCAAAAGAAGAAAAAAAAAAACUCAUAAAUAAAUUAAAAAUUCAUAUUUGGCAAUCAAUAGAGUGCAGACAAACGUGUUUUUUUAAUGCGUCACACGCGUAUUGCGAUCCUCCCCAAUACAUGCAGCAUUUAGACAAUUUCUAGGGCUGUUUGUAGCGACCGGCACAGUCUGACAGAAUUGGUAGCAUCUUCCACAACGCCGCAGAGAGUCACGGAAGUCAUAAAAUUUUCAACCCAAGUCCCUAAUACCAUAACUCAAAGGUCAUGCCGUCGACCUGCAAAUUUCGCUUGAACAACAAGAAUGGGGUCUACUACAGUGGCCAAUGGGUGAAGGGUGUCAUAGUGCUGCAAACCACCAAGGAGAAGACCAUAAGGAACAUUUGCCUAAGGAUUUUGGGGGAAGCCAAGGUACACUGGAGCGAAAAGAAUAGCAGGGAAAAGUCCACUGGCAUGCAUGAGCAAAUAGCCAAUUAUAAAGGAAACAAAACAUAUGUUGACCAACACGUUGUGGUCUACGAAGAGGAGGUCUUGCCUGCAGGCACCUAUGUCUUUCCCUGCAGGUUUCGCCUGCCCAAGUCCUGCCCCACAUCCUGCAGAGGCAAAUAUGGUCAUGUGCGUUACUUAUUGCAGUUAACAGUGGAUAGGCCCUUCCGUUAUGACAAUGUAUUCAACAGGCCACUGACCGUACUGAAACGGGUCGAUCUAAAUUUGAAUCCAGAGUUCAAGGUCCCUUUACAAUGUGAGGAGAUCUGCUCCGUGGGUUGCUGGCCUUGUGCCACUGGCGAUAUCAUAUUUACCCUGUGGAUUCCCUUUGGAGCCUAUGCCUCUGGCCAAAUUUUACACUACUCUCUGAAAAUACAAAACCACUCGAUGACGGACAUAACCGGCUAUAAAGUGGAAUUCAUAGAAUGCAUGACAUUUGUUGCCCAAAGACCGGAAUACAACGAAAUUGAAACACGAACAACGGUGGCCAGUCAAAAUAGCGACGAUGUUUGUCUACGUCUUUCGAAUCGUCAAUUCGAAGGAGAGAUGGAAUUACCCUCACUGCCAGCGGAUACCGAAGACCAGGGCCUAAUACGCGUGGAACAUUAUCUACAAAUCGAGAUGAUACUGAGGGGAUGUCAUAGCAAUAAGACCAUAGCGGUGCCAAUAUUCAUAGGAAAUGUGCCCAUAAGAGAGAGUUUGGACAGGGCUGCCGAAGCGGAGACUACACCUGUCCAGAAUCCGCCGCCAGCAUACCAUCAAUCAGACUCAUCGGAUGAGGAGAGUACGGCCGAUAGACCACCUCCAUAUGGAGAUCUAAAGCCCCCCUCAUUCGAAGAAGCCAUCAGCCGAUCAACGUUUUUCUUGGACGUGGAAGCCAACGAAUUUUCUCCCGAUGACAAUUUUCAACCACUGUAUCCCAUGUAUCGCCAUGUUAAUGACAAAAACUAAUAUUUGAAAAGUUAAGCGCAAAAUUAAACAGCCACUACCUCAGGAACGGGCAAAAUAAAUUUGAAUAUGACAUUUUGGGGCCCAAUCAAAAAUGAAAAAUCUUAAGCAUUUGCGUCAUCAAAAAAACACCGUUUUCGAUAGAGCGUAAAAGCCAUCAUUAAAUUUGUAUAAAAAAUUUAGUUUGUUUUUUCUACAAUUAACAAAUGGGGACUUUGAGUUUUCAUUAAUUUCGCAGGAAGCUACAACUACUGCAACGAGACUCCUAUGAACCCCAUCUGCUACACUCUGAAAAUAAAAUGAUGCUUAAAAACUAAAUACAUUAAUCAAUUAUAAAAGCAAUGAACAAAUGCUAAGAUUGAGAUCUUACAGACUCAAUCUAAAGAAAUUUGUGCAAAAGAAAAUUCUCUCUUAAAACUCAUUUACUCUUUUAAU